CUUAUCGGUCGAAGCCGGCGCCCGACCUUAUUACGACGAGCAAUGAGCAUGUUUAAUUCCCUCGACCUGAUCGCUUCAUGCAAGGAGGGAACUUCAGCCGGGCCUUCGGACGAAUCCCCACACUAACCUGACUCUCGCUUGGCUAUCAACACUACUUACUUGACCGCAGAACACAGAAGGUGGCAGAUAUCGAACCCCGCGGCUUCCACGGAUGGUUUUUGAACGACCCCAACUCAACCUCAGCUGCAAUUGAGUCUUGGUAUCAGCCAGAUGAGGAAGGCGUAUGGAGGAAUGGAAAGACAAGUCUCGGGCUCGUUUCCGGUUUCCUUCUAUCACCUGAUGCGCCUUUUUACUUUGGUAGUACUGUUGUCAUUGGACUUCCUGUUAGGGCAUCGUUCCAAGCCGAUUCAGCUCGCUGCAACGGACCGGGCAACUUCUACAGCCCCGAGAAUAGAAGCUCAACAACGACAAGAUGACUUUCAUCAAGAGAGACUGAUCAUGGAGUAUAUAUAGCCAGUUCUCUCGCCAUCAAGGUUCCCC